UCUUGUUGCAUUGCAGCUAAGCUAAGCUCUAAAACCCUGAUAGCGUCCAAGAAUUUGACGAGUCUCUGUAGUGUUCUUCGAAUUCAUCAAUGGAACAAAGCACAGAGAGAGAGAGAGAGAACUGUGUUAGAGUAACUCUUUGAUUGGAUUCCAGAAGCCAUUACAAUGUUUGCGUCGAGGAACCUUCAAAAGCAUUGCUUCAAGACCCUUUCUUCUCUCAUUCUCAACAAUCCCUUCAAGAAUGCGUUGUUACCAAGCGAUGUUCCAUUGAAAUUAAUGUCAAGCAAUGCGAUUCAGACAAGUUUCCCUAACAAAGAUGUCUCUUUGUGCUCUACCAAGAUCUUCAAUUGCUUUGAGGGGUCGAGGGCCAUGUCGACGGGGAAGGGGAGGAGCAUGAGAAGCAAAGUGGAGAGUCGAAUGCGAAAAGAGUCUGGUAAAACCCUAAGAGAGAUUAGGCGGGCCAAGAAAUUGAGAAAAAAACUGAUGACCGAUGAGGAACGCCUCGUUUACAACCUCAGAAGAGCCAAGAAAAAAGUGGCGUUGCUUCUGCAGAAGCUGAAAAAGUAUGAGCUGCCAGAGCUGCCACUGCCACGGCAUGAUCCUGAGCUUCUGACGCCUGAGCAACUCCAGGCAAUUAAGAAGAUCGGUUUCAAAAAUAAAAAUUAUGUUCCUGUUGGUGUCCGUGGAGUCUUUGGGGGAGUUGUCCAAAAUAUGCAUCUGCACUGGAAGUUUCAUGAGACUGUGCAAGUUUGUUGUGAUAAUUUCCCCAAGGAAAAAAUUAAGGAGAUGGCAACCAUGCUUGCAAGAUUGAGUGGUGGUAUUGUUAUUAACGUACAUAAUGUGAAAACUAUUAUCAUGUUCCGCGGUAGAAACUAUCGGCAACCGAAGAAUUUGAUACCCGUGAACACCCUCACAAAAAGGAAGGCAUUAUUCAAAGCCAGAUUUGAACAAGCACUCGAGUCUCAGAAACUGAACAUAAAGAAACUAGAGCAGCAGCUCCGUCGAAUGGGUGUAAAUCCUGAUGAUCCUGUUGCCAUGGCAAGCAUCCGAAGAGUUGCUUCUACAUUCUUUAAUGCAAUUGACAAGAAGGAUGGAAGCCCAUACGUUUUCCGCGAAGACAAACAGUCAGAAGUAGAACCUAGUAGAAACCUUCGGUGGUUAGAACCUGGUGAAGACAGUGAUCAGGAGGAGCUUGACAGAUUCAUAGCUGAAAUAGAGGAUGCAGCUGACAAAGAAUGGGCCGAGGAGGAAGCAGCAGAGAAAGAAGAACUCGGUAAGAUCAGAUAUUGGAGCAGAGAUGAUUUGGGUGGGAGGUUUAGAAGAUCUGAAUUGCUUAGAAGUGAAGAUUCUGUUGACGCCACUAGAGGAGGGGGAAGGAGCUGGAAAGAUGCAGAGAGUGGCAGGCGACGGAGUGAUGAUGAAGGUGAUGAAGAAUGGGAUUCCAAUGGUGUAGGAGAUGCGAGUGAUUAUGAGAGUGAUACUGCCGAUCAUGAUCAAGCUCGUUACAAAUUUAAAGCACCAAGAGUAGAAAGGGGUAAGCAAAAUGGUGUAGGCAGAGCUAAUGGGAAUAAAGGUUUUAAGAGAAAUGUUGAAGCUAAAUUCUCAGAAAAUUUGCCAAAAGAUGAUUCUGGGUCAGAUAAUAUGUUAAGCGACGUGGAAGAUGCUAUGUGGCAAUCUGACAGUGAGGGAAAACAAGAUUUGGGGAAAUCAGAAGCAACAAGAAAUGAUUACAGGAGCAGCAGUGAUGAAGAGGAGGAUUUUCUUCAAAUGAAAAGAGAUGAGAAGAAUGGUGUAGCUGUGGUGAAUCAUUUUGAGAGUGAUUCAGAAGAUUUUGAUGAAUCUCUUGACAAAAUGAAUUUAUCUAGGGUGGCAACAGAGAAGCAUAGUAAGAUUCACAUAGCUAAUAAUAACAAAGCUUUUGAUAGAAAUGCUGGAGCCAACUUUGGAGGGAAGAUUGCAAAGGAAAAGUAUGAGUCAGAAGAUCUGUCUGGUGACUCAGACAUUGCAAUGUGGGAAUCAGAUGCUGAGGAAGAUGUUGAUUCUGAAACAUUAAGAUCGGAAACUUAUGAUCACAGGAACAAUAGUGAGGACGAUGAUUACGUCUUGAAGAAAGACGGAAAGGGUGGGGUGAACGAUAAAAAGAAGAAAACACCAAAACAGGCGGAUGAAACUUGGGAUAGUGAUUAGUUUUGUUGCAGAGCCAAGCCCUUUUUACAAUAUUUCAAGAGAAGUUGAAUUCAGGAAGGCAUAAUUGAUAGGAGAAUGGCGAUUAAGUUAAUUCAUGUUGGGGGGUAGUCAUGAACUCUUCUCUUUUUCUGUAAAGAUAUCAUCUACAAUUGACCUGGUGAAAUGAGAUCAUGAUGUUGCAUUUGAAAGCAGUAUUGUUCCUCAAGGUGUUCGAAGAUUCUCUAUUUGGUUUGGGAUUGAGCUGGGAACAUGCUGAAGAUGCCAACAAAUUCAGCUCGAAUGGCUCUGGCUAAUUGUGCUGUCGUUCUAGCUUCAAGUACCCAUCUGAGUUCAACAAUUCCGGUUUUUAUAUCGUCCACAUCCAUUAACCUGAACAUUAGAAAUAAAAUACAUCAAAUUACAAUUCUAAACAGUUUUAAAGUACAUUUGACUUCUUAAAGUAAUUUUGCAUUCUUUUCCACUAACAGUAGUGGCUGGUAUUACGCAAUAACAGUGGUGACAGAGAUGGAAUUGUGGAAAUGUUGUUUCUUGUGCAUUUAUAUUUCAAAGAAAGAGAAAAAUAUUCUCUAGCAUAAGAACUGUUUAAACAAAAUUUCACUUUGCUGUAUUAGAUGAGGUUUUUUUGUUAGUGGAAGUUUCCCUCUCCUCCUAA